ACCACUUCUACCACUUCUACCACUUUUACCACUUCUACUACUUCUACCACUUCUACAUCGACUUGAUAUGGGUCGGUAGCAUGGCUUUCUCGGCGCCGACUGCGUGGAAGCAGUUCAAGUUCUUCCAGGUCUCCCAAGUCCGGCUCCCAGAUGGAGAUGGCUCGGUAGCACUUGAUCAAGCAAGCAUCGGCACUGUGAGCUCUGGCGCGAACAACAUACUCAUUGGCACUCCGCAUGGAUUUGUUCAUCUCCUCGAUCAAACAUUCAAAUCAACUCGAGCAUGGAAAGCACAUGAUGCCGGCAGCGUCACGCACAUCGAGCAAGUUCAGGAUAGCGCUUAUCUGUUGACGCUUGCCGAGACUCUGCAACAUGAACCUGAACUGAAGGUCUGGACUCUCGACCAGAACGACAAAAGAACCGGCAAUCCGAGAUGUCUCUGCACCUUGACUGUCCAGAACGGACGCAAGAACUUUCCCAUCAGCGCAUUCGCGGUGACUAGCGAUUUGGCACAACUCGCUGUUGGUUUUGCAAAUGGCGCUGUGACUGUCGUCCGAGGAGACCUGAUUCACGAUCGAGGCACCAAGCAACGCACGGUAUUUGAAUCGGAGGAGCCCAUCACUGGUUUGCAAUUCCGCGAGGCUGCUACGACAGCUCUCUACAUCGCCACAACAUCCCGAAUAUUGGCUCUUGCAAUUUCUGGGAAAGCGCAAGGUUCACCAGCGCGGACGCUGGACGAGCAUGGCUGUGCAGUCGGCUGCAUGACUCUUGAUCCUCAGUCUAAUGAGAUCGUGAUCGGUAGAGAUGACGCUAUCUACACAUAUGGGCCCAAAGCGAAGGCACAAUCUUACAUGUUCGCGGGAGGUAAAAAGCUUGUAGGCGUGCAUGGCGACUACUAUCUUUUCAUUUCACCUCCUGCCAGCAACAUCGGGCGUGCUACUGGGCUUGGCGCUUUUCGCAGCACGAGAGCUGACGAGAUCUUCAACGCAAGCACCAUUACCAUUCUGAGUCCAUACCCAAAGUUCAUCGCAUAUUCAGACUCUGUAACGAGUCAGGUCAACAAAAUCUUCUCGGCAUGGGGCGACAUCUUCCUGCUUACCAUCGACGGAAAGCUGUAUCGAUAUCACGAGAAGACAUUCCAGCAGAAGCUGGAACAACUCUAUCAGCGAACAGAGUACACUUUGGCCAUCUCGCUGUCGAAUAAAUACCGGGUAGAUGCUGUACAGCAGAACGUCAUCUUCCGUAAAUAUGGCGAUCAUUUGUACCAACGAGGCGACUACGACACGGCCAUGCAACAGUAUUUGCAAGCAAUCGACAAUACGGAACCUUCACAAAUCAUUCGCAAAUUCUUGGACAACCAACGAAUACGAAAUCUCAUUGACUACCUCGAGGAGCUUCACGAGCACAACAAGGCCACCUCUGAUCAUACGACGCUUCUGCUAAAUUGCUAUGCUAAGCUGAAAGAUGUCGACAAGCUGGAGGAGUUCAUCAAGCGACCGGGAGAGCUGAAGUUUGAUCUUGACACUGCCAUCAUUAUGUGUCGGCAAGGCGGUUACUACGAUCAAGCAGCUUUCCUCGCCAGACGACACAACGAACACGGCCUUGUGGUUGACAUCUUGAUCGAGGACCUCAAGAAGUACGCGGAAGCUUUAGCAUAUAUCGUGAGGCUUGAGCCGGAAGAGAGCUACCCAAUCUUCAUGAAGUACGGCACUGUGCUUCUAGAACACUGUCCUGCUGAAGCCACGCAGCUGUUCAUUGAGUACUUCACAGGAAAUUUCAAGCCGAAGAAGGAUGCAGUAAUCAUCCAAGAAGCGCCCGCCGACAAGCAUGGCGGCGGCUUUGGCACCAUGGCAACAUCAGCGGCGCAGAAUCUAGCAGCACUGAUACCUCUUCCGUACAUGAACACAAGUGCGAUACAGACUCCAAAGACCGAGAACCAGACAACCAUCAAUCAAGCCCAAGUGGUGGAGACAAUUACCGAGGGCGAAUUCAUUCCAUACGAUGUGCCUAAGCCACGGGUUGCGUUCUCCGCUUUCAUUGACCAUCCUGAUCAAUUUAUCACUUUCCUUGAAGCAUGCAUUGCUAGUCCGGGGGUCAGUGAAGAACACCGCGCGGACCUACACACCACACUCUUCGAGAUGUACCUUCAUAAAGCUACCACCACAAAAGACGACGAGAAGCAGCAUUGGGAGAAGAGCGCGAAGAAGCUCAUCGAAGGACGAGACGGUCCAGUCGACACAUCCAACAUCCUCCUCCUCUCCGACCUCGAAAAGUUCCGUGACGGCACAAUCCUCGUCAGCGAAAAACAAGGCCUCCGCUUCGACGUAUUCCGCUCCUACACCGCCGCACACGACACACAAGGCGCUCUCAAAGCCCUGAAAAAGUACGGCCCGGAAGAGCCCCAACUCUACCCAGCAGCCCUAGCCUACUUCACCUCAUCACCCCAAGUCCUCUCAGAAGCCGGCGAAGAAGAAAUCGACUCCAUCCUCCAAAAAAUCGACCAAGACAACCUCAUGGCCCCCCUCCAAGUCAUCCAAACACUAUCCACAAACUCCGUAGCAACAAUGGGUCUCGUAAAACGCUACCUCUCAAGCACAGUCCAACGCGAAAGAUCCGAAAUCGAAUCGAAUCGAAAACUCAUCCAAUCCUAUCGAAAAGACACUCUACACAAACAAUCCGAGAUUUCCGAACUCGAAACCAAACCUACCUCUUUCUCCGCAACGAGAUGUUCGAGUUGUGGUCGCACUCUCGAUCUCCCGACUGUUCACUUCCUUUGCAAGCAUUCGUUCCAUCAAGGAUGUUUGAAUAUCAUUGAAGAUGGGAUAGAUGUGAAGGAUGAUUUGGAUUUGGAGUGUCCGAUUUGUGCGCCGCAGAAUCGGAUCGUGAGGCAGACGAGACAGGCGCAAGAGGAGAGUGCUAGUCGACAUGAACUUUUCACGACGAGUUUGCAGCAGCAAAAUCCAGGUGAAGGUGGAAGGUUUGGGGUCAUUGGAGAGUGGUUUGGGAGGGGGGUGAUGAUGAGUGGUGGGAGUGCGCAGGUUGUGGAUCGGUCGAGUGUUCGCAUGGGAUUGUGAUUGAUCGGUGAUGAAGUACAUGCUUAAUGUAGGGGUAUCUGAAAGUCUAGUGCG